AGGCAAGGAAUGAUAACAAAAUUCAUUUUUGUUUCGGCGGUUAGUGAAAAUCCGUAAAAAUAAUUUUUAAAGUUAAAAAAAAAGAAUUAAAAAUAAUAUGAUUUUAUCCAGAGGUAAAACGGAUUCGGCAAACUCACGGCAGGCAGUUAGUGCCACACUUGUCAAACGCCUACCCAAUUCACUGGAGGAUUUCAUACUCAAGCGCGAUUACACUGGUGCUAGAGUUUUUCUCGAGUUUUCCAGCGAAGAUGAAGACGAAGAACAGCAUUUGAUCAAGGAACAGUGGAUUGCGUUCUGCAGCUUCCACUUAGGCGACUAUCAGCAGGCCUUGCAACAAUACAAAAGCAUACGUGAUGCUGAACCCGCUACUGAAGACAUAACCCAUAAUGUCGCCGUUUGUAUGUUCUACCUCGGCAUGUAUGAGGAAGCACACCGACUAAUGGAACAGACACCGAACACGCCGUUGAAGCUGCGUCUGCUCUUUCACUUGGCACAUAAGUUUGGUAACGAGACGCAGGUGACACAGUUGCAGGAUUCCUUGCAGGAAGAUGUCGAGGAUCAGCUAAGUCUCGCCUCGAUGCACUACUUGCGCGCACACUAUCAAGACGCAAUUGAUAUAUACAAGCGUUUGUUGUUGGAUAACAAAGACUACCUGGCUAUCAAUGUUUAUCUGGCGCUUUGUUUCUACAAACUGGACUACUAUGAUAUGUCACAGGAGGUGUUGGAUGUUUACUUGGCGAAGCAUAAAGACAGCACCAUAGCCACCAAUCUGAAGGCCUGCAAUCGCUUCCGCUUGUUUAAUGGGCGCGUAGCCGAGCAAGAGAUACAAAAUAUCGCAGACAAUGGCACUUUCGGUGCCGAUCUAAUACGACACAACUUGGUUGUGUUCCGCAAUGGCGAGGGUGCCAUGCAAACAUUCCCGACUCUCCUAAAUAUCGUGCCAGAGGCGCGUCUCAACUUGGCUAUCUAUCAUCUAAAGAGCGGCAAUGUGCAAGAGGCCCACGCAUUGAUCAAGGAACUCCAGCCGACUGUGCCGCAUGAAUACAUUUUGAAGGGGGUUGUGCAUGCGGCGCUCGGUCAACAGAUCGGUUCGAAAGAGCAUAUAAAAACCGCUCAGCAGAAUCUACAUUUGGUUGGUAGCUCAGCUACUGAAUGCGACACCAUACCCGGUCGACAGAGCAUGGCUUCGGCUUUCUUUCUCUACUCGCAAUUCGAAGAGGUCUUGGUCUAUAUGAAUUCUAUAAGAAGUUAUUUUGUCAACGACGACACCUUCAACUACAAUUAUGCUCAAGCGAAAUGUGCCACGGGCUACUACAAGGAGGCGGAAGAGUUGCUCAUGCAAAUAACGGAUAUGGACAUAAAGAACCAACACACUUACUGCAUGAUCAUAGCGAAAUGCCAUAUACACGCCGGACGCCCGGAGUUGGCUUGGAAUGUUUUCAUCACACGCGACACGAACUCUGAAGCAUUCUUACUACUACAACUUAUUGCAAAUGAGUGCUACAAAUGUGAGGAAUUCUGGGUGGCCGCCAAGGCUUUCGAUAUGCUGGAAAAACUCGAUCCAAGCCCAGAAAAUUGGGAAGGUAAACGUGGCGCUUGUGCUGGUGUACUCUAUGCUUUGGCUUCGAAAGCUGACAAGGGUUGUCCACCGAAUGGCGUAACCGAUGUGAUCGGUUUACUGCGCGACUCGUCAAAUCCACAGGCAGAAGCGAUGAUAAAAGUCAUACGCAAACAUAUAAAUAGUUUGAAAUAAGUGUAGAAAGUUUAUAUUUAAAUUAAAUUUUGGACCCUUUGGAAGGAAAUAAGAAUAAACCAUACAUUGAUGAUAUUGUUA